AACAUUUGGCCCCACUCCCCUGCCAACUUUUCUCAAUGACAAGCACAGUUCACCGUCAAGACGUCCUUCCCCUGGCCUAUAAAUUCAGCAAGUGGCUCAGCUCAACACCAUCACUUCUUCAUCCGCUCAUCCCUGCAACAUCCAUAGCUCACUUCUUCAGAUCUCCAGCUGAAAAUUCAAAGACCGAGAAUCAACUAUGGUCGGUGCCAAGAGACUUGCUCAAUUGGCGAAGAAGUUGCAGAGGGUGGAAGCACUUGGGAGGAAGAGGCUCACGGUGUCAGCCAAAGAAGAUGAAGACUGCUACAGUUCUGUACCAGCCAAGGGCCACUGUGUCAUGUACACGGCUGAUGGGGGGCAUUUUGAGGUCCCGUUGGAGUACCUCAGCACGACGGUAUUCGGUGAGCUCCUGAGGAUGUCCCAGGAGGAGUUUGGCUUUGCGAGCGAUGGCGGGAUCAGACUGCCCUGUGAUGCUGCAGUGAUGGAGUAUGCCAUGUGCUUGCUCAGGAGAAAGGCCUCCGCCGAGGUCGAGAGUGCAUUGCUGAGCUCUAUGGUAACGUCUUGCCACUACACUGGCUGUGUGAUGCCUACUGUUGGAGACAGCAACCAGAUUUACUGUUUGUAGCUUCUGAAGAACAUGCAUUCAGGACCCUGAUGAUGUCUUCUGUCUUGUGUAGUUUGGCUGGAUAGCGUAAGAUAGUUAGACAGUAGAAUUAUUAUUUUUUAACAAAAGACAGCAGAAACUAGGAGCAGGAAAAUUGUAUAUAUAGCAACUGAUCAAUAAUGCAACAAAGCAGUAUUAUGGCCA